UACCACUGGUUGGAAGAACCUUUCAAAACCUUCUCUUUCCCUUCUUCAUGUGCCUCACCUUCUCCUCGUAGCUUGCCUUUCUCUCAUCCUCUCCCCUCUCCUCCCCUUCAUCCCCUCCCUGUUCAUGUUGCCUGUUGGUGUUCUCUCCUAGACUCGAUGCAAGCACUCUCUUGUUUGGUUUUUUUAAUUUCUUCUCUGUUUGCUUCUUUCUGCACCAAAAGCUUUUAAAAACAAGUAGAAUCAUAAACAAUCCCCUUCUUUUAAAAUCAUUGCUUCCUUUUCCAACGCUUCCUUUUAACCUAAAAACAAAACACCACUCUGUUGCAAUUUGAUAUUUUUCUCUCUUUUUUCCCCUGCGUUUUUAGUUUUAAAUUUUUUUGCUAGCAAGCUACAUCAGUACAUGAGCUAGCAGAGAAGCAUGGCCGGCCUCGACCUCGGCACCGCCGCGACGCGCUACGUGCACCAGCUCCACCAGCUCCACCCCGACCUCCAGCUGCAGCACAACUACGCCAAACAGCCGGAGCCCUCGGACGACGACCCCAAUGGCGGCGGCGGCGGCAACAGCAACAACGGCAGGCCGUACGGCGAGCACGACGGCGGGUCGUCCUCCUCGGGCCAGCCUGGUGAUGGCCCGGGUGGUGGUGGGAACGGGGUGUCCCGCCGGCCCCGCGGGCGCCCACCGGGUUCGAAGAACAAGCCGAAGCCGCCGGUGAUCAUCACGCGGGAGAGCGCGAACACGCUGCGCGCCCACAUCCUGGAGGUGGGGAGCGGCUGCGAUGUGUUCGAGUGCGUUUCCACGUACGCGCGCCGGCGGCAGCGCGGCGUCUGCGUGCUGAGCGGCAGCGGUGUGGUCACCAACGUGACGCUGCGGCAGCCGUCGGCGCCCGCGGGCGCCGUCGUGACGCUGCACGGGAGGUUCGAGAUCCUGUCUCUCUCGGGGUCCUUCCUCCCGCCUCCGGCUCCCCCCGGCGCCACCAGCCUCACCAUCUUUCUCGCGGGGGGGCAGGGGCAGGUGGUCGGCGGGAACGUCGUGGGCGCGCUCUACGCCGCGGGCCCCGUCAUCGUCAUCGCCGCGUCCUUCGCCAACGUCGCCUACGAGCGCCUCCCCCUAGAGGAGGAGGAGGCCCCACCAGCGCCACCCGGACUGCAGAUGCAGCCGCCCGGUGGUGCCGAUGCCGCAGGAGGAAUGGGCGGUGGCCCGUUCCCUCCCGACCCGUCGGCUGCUGGGCUGCCGUUCUUCAACCUGCCGUACAACAACAUGGCCGGUGCCAGCUCGCAGCUCCCGCCCGGCGCCGACGGACACGGCUGGGCCGGCGCACGGCCACCGUUCUGACAAGUCCAUGGGGUGUAAUUCAGAGGUGAAGAGAUCAGGAGAUGACAAGAAGAAAGCAAUGAACGGAACAAGGGACAGCUUGCAAAAGGUUAGCGCACGCACGCUUGCACGAUUCAAGGAUAUUAUCUAUCUAUUUCUAUCUCUCUGUACAAUUUCGUAGUGUUUGCUCGAUCGGUCUCUGAUUAUGUGUUUUCCUUGUUCGUCCUUCUUUUCCUUUUUCUUAUCUUGUCUCUUGAAACUUAAUUUGUGGUGUAAACUUGUCUUAAUUUUUAAUCUGGCUUUUAAUAAGUAGUCUUUAAUUAUUUUGUUCUCCAGCA